GGGAGUGCACGGAGCGCACAUUUUAUGCCACACGGAGUCAUACGGAAGAACGAAGAUCAUUCGACGAUGCCGACGAGUCUCGUUGGUGUACAUACAGUUUACCUGUUGAUAAUCGAGCCCCCGAACUAGAGUGAGAAAGUAGAAAUUCGCAGCGUGAUUUUACGAGCGAUGCAUUCACGGUGAAUCCCGUGCGAGAUAAAGCGCUCGUUUUCCGCUGUGACGGUCAACAUUUUCAUACAGAACAAGCGCGAGCAAAUGAUAUGCGUUCCAAUUUCGCGUGUCGUGAAAAUUAGAAAACAGGCGCUGUCAUUAUUCUUGCAUGUAGCCCGAAUUGGGCUGCGAUGUUCCUCGGCUGUACGCGCGGAAUCUGAGAACAAUCACGCUCGAUUCGGAAUUUGUCGCAACGCGACAAAUUUCAUUGAAGACGGAAGCCAAUUUCUUUGAAGACGAUUGAAGAUGUAAUGUAACUCUGUGCAUAUCCUUGUGAAAUUCGUUCCUCAGUACUUAUUUUGCGAAACGGCAAUUAAGAUCUUUUUGAGAGAGAGGAUGGCAAUUCGUAUUACAUUGGAAUGUGGACACACAUCAAUGUUGCGUAUGCGCACCACUCCUGAAGGAUAUACACAUGAUUGGGAAGUCUUUGUGCGAGGAGUGGAUAAUGCAGACAUACAUCAUUACAUUGAGAAAGUGGUAUUUAUUUUACACAAUACAUUUCGGAAUCCUAAAAGGGUGUUAAAAGAACCACCAUUUGUGGUAAAAGAAUCAGGCUAUGCAGGUUUCAUAAUACCUAUUGAAAUUUACCUGAAAAAUAAGGAUGAGCCCAAGAAGAUUCACAUACAGUAUGAUCUUAUUCUGCAGCCAAGUGGUCCACCUAUUAAUAAUGCCAUACGUCAUACAGAAUUAAUUCAUAAUCCUUCUGAAGAGUUUAAAAAAAAACUAUUGAAAGGUGGAGCUGUUGUUGUAUCCAGUAGAGACAGUUCACUAGAAAAGAGUGAUACGAAAAUACCUGCAAUGGUUGGCAAACCGAAAUUAAAUGGCAGCGAAAGCAAGAAAUAUCGCACUACUGAGUCUAAAACUUCAAACUCAUUUCAAGAAUUAUUUGGGCCUCCUAUAAAAACAGCGCCUAUAAAAAUAUCACCAGACAGCAAAAAAACAAGUCAAUCUGAUAAAAAUUUAGUUCCUAAACCUUCAGCUAUUGUUGAAAAAUCUGAUAAAUUAGAUAAAACAAUUAAAACAAAGGAAAGUCCUCAUAAAGAUAAAAAAGAUAAGGUAGAUGAGAAAAAGGAUAAAAAAAGUAGAGACAGUUCUAAAGAUCGGCUCAAAAAUAAAGAAAAAUCUAAGAGACCUCCUAGUCCAGGGAAUAAAAGUCAUUCAAGCCCUGGAAACAAGAAAUCAACAUCACCUGUUGUUACAAAAAAACCAUUAAGUCCUCUUCCAUCAUCUACAAAGAGACCUCUAUCUCCUAAGCCAAAAGAAAAAGAGGUAAAGAAAAUUUUAUUGGAAAAAGAUAACAAAGAUAAUAAAGAGAAAGACAAGGCAAAAAAUAAUUCUAAAACCGAUAUAGAUUCAUCUAAAUCUGAGAAAAAGAAAGAUAAGAAAAAACACAAAGAUGAUAGGGACAAGGAAAGAAAGGAUAAAUAUAAAGAAGCAGAAAAAGUUAAAGAUGUAAUGAAAAUGACUGAGAAAAAGACUGAAAAAACGGAUAAGGCGGAAAAAUCAGACAAGGAAAAACCUCAAGAAUACAAAUCAUCAAGAGAUGGCAGAAAAUCUCCAAAACCUGUGAAAGAAAAUAAUAGAGUAAAAGAUGAUAAAGCAAUGAAAGAAAAAUCAGAGAAAAGUGAGAAAUCUGAGAAAAUAAAAGAUGGCAAAAGUGAUAAAGAUAGACAAAAACAUAAGCAUAAGAAGAGAGAUAAAAAAGAUAAAAGAGAUAGCAAAGAUAGAGAAAAGAAGGAGAAACGUGAAAGAAGCAAAGAUGGGAGCGAGAAACAAAAUAAUACAACUUCUGCAUCGGUAGGGAACUCACUGUCUCUUUUAACUGAAGUUCCAGAAAGAGAUAGCAGUGAUUCAACACCUUCUGUAGAUGACGAUUCAUUACUUGAGAAUAAACCCAUGCUUAAUAUCAAAAAGGAUACAGAACACGCCAUAAUAUCUACACCUGCAGAAACAGCAAAGCCAGUAUCUCCAGGUAUAUCAGUAGAUAUAAAAAAGGAAAAGAGUGAUCGUAGCAGAAAGGACAAAUCCAAAGGAAGCAGAGGCGAGGAAAGAGAAAAUCGAAAAAGAAAGAAGAGCAAAGAAGAUGAUGAGAUUCCAGCUAAACAUGAGAAAAGCAGGGGUCAUUCGACGUCUCCGCCUUUAGAACCAGUUUCAUCGAGUCAAUCUCCAGUUGCGAUGGAUGUUGACUCCAUCCAUCACUCAGAAAAGGAAUCAAAAGGAGUCAGAAAAGAGAAGGAUGAUCGUGUUGUUAAUUCGGUCGAUCAAGUGACAAAUGAUAAAGACAUGGAAAUCGAUGCUGAACAAGUGGCUCCAGAUUCUACAAACAGCACCGACGCAGAAAUUAGUGAACCACCAGUGUUUUCAGAGGAUUAUGUAUCACAAUUAAAGGAUUUGCAACAAAAAAUAAUGACGUUGCAGGAUAAUGAAGAGUUGCAGAGAGUUGUGCAAGUAAUUGCAGAGACUGGUCAAUAUGAAAUCACUAAGAAAACAUUUGAUUUUGAUUUAUGUGCAUUGGAUCGUAGAACUGUACAACGUCUUCAAGAGUUUUUUUCUACAUCGUGACCACCUGUAAUAUGAGGUAUGACACAUUAAUAUAUAUACACAUUUAAGAUCACACAUUAAGUCGUAUGAUUUUACAACAAAAUUUUUAGUGACAAAAAUAGUAAUGUAUAAGAUCCCAGAAGAAUUUUCAAGUAUUUCUCUAUUAUUAUUGCAUUAAUUUAUAUGAAUUAGUAAUGUACCAUUUCUAAUGCGUUAAUAUUCUGCAACAAAGGAAAUUGUCAUUGUAAUAAAUUUAAUGCAAUAAAAAUUUAAUUCUUUUUUAUAUUCUUCAAGAAAAUUGCUAUUGAAAAAAAAUGCUUGAUUCAGAAAUUUUGCCAUGAAAAUUGCUGCUAAUCUGCAAUAUAGUUUGAUGA